AGAGGGGGGAAAGAAAGAAAAAGCAAGAAAUGGAAUUCAAGUGUUAGUGUUGAAGCCAGAGAGAGAGAGAGAGAGAGAUGGACAUGAAUGAUGAUGACGACUGGGAUUUGAGCAUAGAGCAAAUUGAAUCGCUCGAAAGAGGUCAGAAGAUCGCUCAACAACGCCUUCUCCAUUCUUCUUCUUCUUCUUCUUCCACUUUCACCAAUAACAACAAGGCUGAGGCUUUGCCUACUGACUCCAGUGUCUUACCUGCAUCGCUCUCAGUUCCAUCCAGACCAAAUGCUGAAGAUGAACACUUAAAGGGGUUACCAAAGGUGCGUGUCAAAUUCUUUCUUCAUGCUAGUGGCAACAUUGCAGCAAAAUUUUCAUAUGAUCAGGCAGUGGUAGGCGCUGUUCGUAAGAUCCCUAAAGCCACUUGGAGUGCAAAAGAAAGGCUAUGGAUUUUCCCCCCUAGUUCCUUGUUGUCGGCAGAAAAAGGUCUUCGUGAAAUAUCUGGUGUUAAUGUUGAGUUAGAGAACUUAAACCCCUUGGUGCACCGUGCUAUUGAUGCAGCUUCUGCUGUUCCAGAUCUUCGAGACCGAUAUUACAAGAUGCCUGCCACUGUUGAAUCAAAGCUCUUGCCAUUUCAGAGAGAAGGUGUUAGGUUUAUAUUGCAGCACGGAGGGCGGGUUCUCCUUGCAGAUGAGAUGGGACUGGGAAAGACUUUGCAGGCAAUUGCUGUAGCCUCAUGCGUUCGUGAGUCAUGGCCGGUUCUUAUACUCGUCCCAUCUUCCUUGCGAUUGCAAUGGGCUUCAAUGAUUCAGCAAUGGCUGGAUAUCCCACCAUCAGACAUACUCGUUGUUUUGUCUUCUUGUUGCGGAUCAAACAAGAGCGGAUUCACUAUAGUAACGUCAAAUACCAAAGGGACCGUGCGUCUUGAUGGCCUAUUUAAUAUUAUCUCCUAUGACGUCAUCCCUAAAUUGCAAAGUUCACUCAUGGCAUCAGAGUUUAAGGUUGUGAUUGCAGAUGAGUCGCACUAUCUGAAAAAUGCGCAAGCGAAGAGGACAACCGCAUCUCUUCCAGUCAUAAAGAAAGCUCAGUAUGCGUUAUUACUUAGUGGAACUCCUGCUCUAUCCCGACCAAUUGAACUAUUCAAACAGCUGGAGGCCUUGUAUCCUGAUGUAUAUAAAUAUGUUCAUGAGUAUGGUAAUCGAUAUUGCAAGGGUGGAAUAUUUGGAGUGUAUCAAGGUGCAAGUAACCAUGAAGAAUUGCAUAAUUUGAUGAAGGCGACAUUGAUGAUUCGUCGACUUAAAAAAGAUGUUCUUUCUGAGCUUCCUACAAAGCGUAGGCAGCAGGUCUUCCUCGAUUUGGCUGAAAAGGACAUGAAACAAGUUAACGCCCUGUUUCGCGAGUUGGAGGUGAUAAAAGGAAAAAUUAAGGCCUGCACUUCAAAAGAAGAGGUUGAUGCAUUGAAAUUUACGGAGAAAAAUCUUAUUAACAAGAUAUUUACUGAAUCUGCUGAAGCUAAGAUCCCGGCGGUUUUAGAUUACCUGGCAACUAUGAUUGAGGCAGGCUGCAAGUUUCUAAUAUUUGCCCAUCAUCAAUCCAUGAUUGAGUCCAUACAUCAAUUUCUUCUUAAAAAGAAAGUGGACUGCAUUCGAAUUGAUGGGAAUACACCUGCAGUGAAGAGGCAAGCUUUGGUUACAGAUUUUCAGGAAAAGAAUUCUGUUAAGGCAGCUGUGCUGUCUAUUAGAGCUGGAGGUGUUGGAUUAACUUUAACGGCUGCAAGCACUGUUGUUUUUGCGGAAUUGUCGUGGACUCCGGGCGACCUGAUUCAAGCUGAAGACCGUGCUCAUAGAAUUGGACAGGCAUCUUCAGUCAAUAUAUACUAUCUGCUAGCAAACGACACGGUUGAUGACAUAAUAUGGGAUGUCGUUCAGAGCAAAUUGGAAAACUUGGGGCAGAUGCUUGAUGGGCAUGAGAAUGUCUUGGAAGUUGCAGAGCAUAAAACGCUAGACUCAGCGAGCGAACCCAAAAGCAGCCCUUUGAAGCAGGCAACACUUGACUCAUUCAUAAAGCGAUGCAACAGCCCGGUCGACUGCGAAAGUCAGCCGAAGCUCAAAUAUCCGAGGCACUGAAGAAAGUGGCAGGUCUCGGAUCGUACAGAAGGAUAAUGUGUUCUCAUUCAUGGACAUAGAUAUACAAAUAUAGGGAACCUGAACCCAUUCGGCAUUAGUUUGUUAAAAAAGUGCGAUGGGGAAGAACUAAGGAGGGCCCUACUUAAAUUUGUAACAUUGAAACCCGUAAAGUUUGUAGGCGAAUUGCGCAGAAGAUUGGAGGAUGUGUCAAGUGUUAAGUGAAGUUCAAGAUAAGUUUAUGUACAAAUAUUUGUAAUGGAGGCGUAUAUGUGUAGAAGGGCGGGGGAGCCUUUGGUAGAAAAGCGUAAUCAUCAAAUGUAAUUUAGCAGUAUUUUCUGUCUCCAGUGGUUAAAGCAAGAAAGAUUAAUUAAAGGAUAUUAAACU